CUUUGACCGAAUAGAAUACGAGCACAACGACAACGAUCAUUGCACGAUUACUUUUAAGUGUCAAAUAUUACAAUAAUGUCCAUCGUUUAUAGAAAUAUGUCAUUACGUCUACGACAUUUAACUGUACUUGCAAGGAAUUCGUUACUUCAAAAAGAUUUCAUUAGAAGAAUGACUGUGGAAAUCGAUAAGGAAGAGUUAAAAAAACGUUUGACGCCGUUACAGUGGCACGUAACUCAAGAAAAGGGCACGGAAAGGCCCUUCAGUGGUUGUUACAACAAGUUCUACGACAAAGGCACAUAUACCUGCGUAAUCUGUGAUCAAGAAUUAUUUUCUUCUGAUACAAAAUAUGACAGUGGCUGUGGUUGGCCUGCAUUCAAUGAAGUAUUGGAUCAGGGACGAGUCAAGUUAACCAAAGAUACCUCGCAUGUUGGUGGAAAUCUACUACUGCUGAUCGCAAACCCAGAUAUGGUGCGGACCGAAGUGACCUGUUCAAAGUGCGGUUCACAUUUGGGGCACGUGUUUAAUGAUGGCCCAAAGCCUACAAGGAAGCGGUUUUGCAUCAAUUCUGCAUCCAUAAGCUUCCACGCGGCGGGAGAAGAAAAGAAGACAACAUCAUAAAACUAAUAAAAGAAAAAAAAUUAAAUAAGAACUUUGAGAAGUCGAGUUUAACAUGGAAUGGAAAAAAUUUAUAUUUCUUAACAAAUACUCUCUCUCUAUAUGAUAUUUUAAAUUACAUUUUGCUACUACCGUUUAGAAGUUUUAUUGCUCUUUAAAGAGAAGUGCAAACGUCAAGAAUAAUAAGAGAUACAUUUAUGUUAAAUACUAUUAUAUCAAUAUUGUAAUAUGUACUCUGUAUUUAUUGUGAAUAACUCUCCUAUCUACACUCCAUAAAUGGCUAAACUUAUUUCCAUUUGUUAGAGAGCAAGACUCCCUAUAUAAGAAAAAAUAUGUGUAUUUGCACAUAAUACAGUGAUAAAUCAUAUUAUAUUAAUUUUUGCAAUAUUAUCAUUUUAGGGUAGGUCCAAUUCUGUAAAUACACCCUAAAUGAAUAGAAAAUACUACAUUUAGCGUGUAUAAAAUAUAAAAUCUGAUAAAUUAAUAUGAAAUGUACAAGAAAUAAUUUAUAAAAUAAUUCAGUUAUUUUUGCAUAUUAUAUGUAAUGGAUAUAUUAUGUAAAUAACGAUUACUAUUUAUUUGUCUCGAUACAGGAAGAAGUUAUGUAGGAAAUUUAUUAGUGUAUUACUGUUUACAUAUAAAAUAGUAUUUAACUAAUUAAUACUACAGUGGAGGGAAGAAUCACAUUGAAAGAAACAGUUUUUUUGUUAUAAAAUGUUUCCUUAUAUUGUAACGUUUCAAAACAAACUAAAAGGUGUUACAGUACAAUAUAUAUGCAAAUUCUAGGCAUUAUUUUUACAAUAAUUCAUUAUCCAUUUCCUGCUUUCCUUCAUUUUUAAAUUCGACACUGUUGAGUUAAAUAUUAGCUUUCCUGAGAAACCAGAUUUUUACCAAAUAGUCUCCUGCGACAAUAAAUGCCAAUUUCAUACAAAAGGGUACAGUUAAAAUGUAAUUUUUAUUAAAACGUGGAAGCUGAAAACUUGAAUAAAAUGCAUAAAUAAUACAACGGCUUCAUCACUAGGCCUGAUGUUUUUAUAUUGAGAUCUCAAAGCAUUUUCAAAAACAUCGUAAAAACAAUUGUGAAAACGGGUAUACACGCUUAACCUGAUUUAUGUAGGAACCUAUUUUAUACUUUUAAACCGACAAUAAUACGUUUCUUACGGGAAUACAUAAAUGCACUUGGAACAGUAAUCGAAACGUAGGUGCAAAAAUAUUUACGCUUGUCCACAUUUUCUUCGACUCUUCUAUGAACGUUUCGAUAUUAAAAUAAUAACAAUUACAUUAAUUUUGCGAAUAGCGCUUAGUUUAUUACAGUAAGGCAUACUGAUACAAUGUUGUACUUCUCUUUAUUUUAACAAACAAUUAACGAAUCUCGUUCAGAAUAUUUAUAUGCCUAAUAUUCAUCUGCACAUAUCUGCAUAAUAUUUAAAAAUAUGGACAAGUAUAGUUGCACCCAAUUUGUCUCGAUUUGCGAAUAAAAGUAAAUCUUAUAGAUAACUGCUGUAGUUGAAAUAUGCUUAAUUACCGCCGCAGUAAUACAAUGACAUAAAAUGGACGUUACUUUUUUUUCUAAAGAUAUUUGUGAAAAUGCAGGACCUCGUUCAGCAUUUCUGAUCGAGUUAACGUCAAUUUUGACCCUGGAUCGCACAUUCUUUUUAUACAAACGUAUUUUUAUUAAUACUAGACGUGCAGUUAUUUUUGUUCUUUUAUACCUCCUAACGUUGCUUACAAUUCCCGAAUAAUUUAGACCGCAUGCUGAAAUGGGAUAAUGCAAGAGCUCAUUCUCAAUACCGAGACACGUUUGAUACGAUUAUAUGUAUGUUGUAAUCCCUGAUCUUUUACAGGUAAAUACAUUUACCCUUCAGCAUGCAAUUCCAAAUUCGGUCGUAGGCGCAAUACAAACUGAGCUGCUUCGUCUGUCAAGUAUAAUUAGACAUUAUAAUUAUUAUAAAAAAAACUAAUCAGGCUUUUUAAUAAUAGUAUUACGAAAACAAUAAAUUCAGUAAAUAAUGAAUACAUUAUUAUAUAUAUGACUUUUUAUUACCAAAUAAUGUAUGCUUUUCCUUUUUUUUUUUUUUUUUUUCAUAUGCAAUAUAUCGUUAACUUCUUCAAUAUCUAGUAUACUCUCACAUGGCGUCCUUUAG